AUGGCAAUGUCUGAUGAGGAGUUAUUUGUUGGUGAUGAAAAUGAUACUAAUUCGAAAGUUCCUGCACAUGAAGCAGACCCACACGAUGCAGCCAUGCAGCAGGAAGAAGUACUACCUAAUUCGCUUAGUAACAGUGCUUUAGAAACUUCAUCGUCCAGUACUUUUCUUACAGAUGAUCGAUUUGCCAUUCCUGACAUGCGAAGACUUCGGGUUUUUCAAGAUUGCCCUGCAUUCAAUAUUUUUGUUCGAGGUAAUGAACGCAUGCCUGGUAUAUAUAUUCCAAGAUUUCAUAUCCCGAAAAAUUCUUCAAAUUGGCGUGCGCAAGUAUCAACCACGAGAAAACGGAAUCAUUUGCGAUUGCAGAAUUCAAACUUAAAUGUUGCUGGUUCGAGUUCGAUUUCAAGUUCAAGCCCCGGACAGAGUGGUGCAAAUAUUAUUCCUCAGAAACGUUUGUUUUCACCGAAUAAUUCAGCUUGUACAGGUGUUACCCAUCGGCCAUCAGUCGAUCUAUCUGCUUGUGGUUCCGAAUUUGCACGUUCUCCGGAUGACGCUAUACGUCAUGACUCGAAAACCGAAGGUUCAAUAAAGUUGAAUAUAUCGAACAUGGGAGCAUUGAGACAAAAAGUUACCACGUCAUUCCAUACAAUUGCGAACCUGCCAUGGCGAUUGGCAGCUAAAACCGAAUGUACGAAACGAACCAGCAAUGUAAAAUUUUUUAGCGUAUACAUAGAUUGCAAUCCAGAAAGUGAAUCAACGUUAUGGAGUUGUGAUGCUAUUGUUGAGUUUCGCUUGAUCUCCCAAAAAGCUGACACUCCUAAUUUUAGUCGUCAGUUUACGAAUAAGUUCAAUUAUAAUUCAAAUAACUGGGGCUUUCCGUCGUUCAUGGAGUGGAACGAAAUAUUGAAUGUUGAUAAAGGUUUUAUCCGUGGCGAUCGUGUUGUGGUUGAAGCACACAUUACUGUGCAGAAAGUCGUUGGUGUGAGAAAAAAUCCCACAUUUGAUUUCACCGUACCGCAACCAAAUACAUCAGAUAGUGUGCUUGUUAUCGAUGGUAUUCGUUUGCAUGUCAGCAAAGCGUAUUUGGCCCUCUAUUCACCCGUUUUCCAUGCUAUGUUUUUCUCGAAGUUUAGUGAAAGGGACAAAAAAGAAAUCACUGUUGAGGACGUCAUUCUUGAUGAAUUCAUUGAAUUGCUAAGCGUUGUAUAUCCAUCUCAUAAACCGGUCUCAGCUGAAAAUGUGGAGUUUUUGCUGGAACUUGGUGAUAAAUUCGAAAUUCAAUUCGUAAUCGAUGAAUGUGAAAGAUUUCUAAUGCGAUCCGAUGAUAUUGCUGUGGUCACGAAGCUUGUUUGGGCUGAUCAAUAUUGUCUUGCUAAAUUACAGGAUGUUUGUGUGCGAACCUUCAAACAACCAACUGAUAUAAAAGCUCUCAAACAAACCGAAGAAUACAAAAAUCUUAGUGAUACGACAAAAGCCGCUCUUCUGGAGAAAAUUUUCAAAUUGCUUUAA